AUGCGCAGGAUAAUCAACGGCGCUACCCCAUCAACUUCAGCGCCGGUUUCGGCUCCGCCCGCCACCAGCCAGGCCCCCAUCAUGAUGCGUCGAAUGAUUCAACCCACCGCAACUUCAUCCACUUUGGCUCCGCCCAUCCCGAAAAUGUCGCCCGUUUUGGCACGAUCAGCCCAGAGGGUAAUUCUUAACGACUCGAUGCGCCGAAUAACUCAAGAGCGGCUAAUUCGAUCGACUUCCAAGCCGGACUCGCCGGAAAAGCCGCCGGGCAUAGGUCCGCAAGCUACGACUGCAGCUCCCACCACGAUGCGUCGAAUAACUCAAGAUACUCCUGCUCGACCCCAGGCCAAACCGAACACACCGGAAAAGCCGCCAGUUAUUGAGACUCCUACCACCUCCACUGCUCCAGCUACAUCGUCAGCGACCCAGAAGCCGGUCUUGCCUCUGAAACAGGAUCAAAUCAACGGUUCCGCGAAUGAGAAACCAGACAACCAUGUGCUCGGGCAGAAAUUCUGGAAUCUGUCAAAUGCCAGGACGCGCCAACAGCAUCGGGAAUGGUACUUCGAUCCGGAUGUGGCUGAAGAAUUGAAGUCUCGUGAGGAGCUGCAACGACGAGCAAGAGCGGCAGAGGAGAGCCGUCCGGCUGUUAUUUAUAUGGGUCCCGUUUCUGCUAGCCUUCGGCGGAUGCCCAAGGAACUAGCGAUCAAACUCAAUGCUGAAGGCGAAGCUCCCGUCGCUAUCGAGACCGAUAUGUCCGACAAGCCUGACCAAAUCCAGCGAGCCAAGUCAACGGAACCGGAAAAGACGAAAGUUUCAUCCUUGUCGGAGUCGAUGCCGUUUCCGGAAAACGAUGGGACGAGUUCUCAAGGCUCUAACUACGGCACAUUCCCAGAACCGACAGUGUUGGCAAAGAAGCCCAAAACUGCAUUCCCGCCCUUGGCCCAGAACGGGACCAGCCUAAUGACGCCCGACGAGAUGCGGAGGAUGAUCCACUGGAACUAUACGCCGGCUGAGAAACAAGUAUGGGUACGGGAGGAGCACGAGGAGGGGAUGGAAGAAGCUGAAUCAGCUGAUGGAGAAUCGGGACCGGAAACGCGGAAAAUAGCUAACGAGCCGGUGACUGAAGAAAAGCCCGCGAAAGCGUCAUCUUCUGAAACUCGAAGCCCUCAAGUGGUAAAGAGAACUAUGGUUUUGCGAAAAGUAUCUAAAGAAGCUCCUGCCGUGAUCACAACCACAAAGCCGGAACCGAUUGAAGAACGCAACAACCCUAUAAACGCAGGCUUCAAACAAAGAUUUGCCGCGCCCCUCGCCGCCGACGUCGAGGACCCGAUUCUGACGCUGGGCGAAAAGUUACGAGCCGAUUACCCGGAAGUGACGUUCAACGAACCGACAUCCAAAUAUCUGACUCGAUUGCCGCCCAAAUUGCGCCGCGAGUUCCUGUUCCGCGUCGGAUAUUUCCAGCCGGGGUUUCCGCUAUAUUACGACGGCGAGAAACGGAAGAAGUGGUACGAGAUGAGAUUUCGAUAUGCCUUAACAGCGCCGCAAGAAGCAGAACUGGACGCUAUGCUGGAGGAAGCCGACCACCAAAGGAAAAUCAAGGCCGAGCUGAAGAGGCAGCGAAAGUUGGCCAAAAGUCGGCGACGCUACUGGCGCAGGAAAAGUGACCCGGUGGAACACGAAGCCUAUUUGAAGCGGAAAAGGGCGAGCUAUGAGCUGAAGAAGCGACGGGAGGAUCAAGCGAAGAAAAAGGCUCAAAAACUGGCCGGACUGGGGGAAGAAGGAGAGCCUGAGGAGAAAGAGGCGGAAAAGAGUGAAACAGAUGAGCACGAGCCAGAAAAAGAUGAACCCGACGAGGAAGAGGUCGAAAAGAGUGAAACCGAUGAGCAUGAGCCAGAAGAAGACGAGGAAGAGCUUGGCGAUGAAGACUGGACGCACUUCCUA